GAGGAGGACAGAAGAAGCGACGGCUACGUAACGUCAGAGGGUGGACGGGCCUGGACUUGGCCAGCUUACAGAGGGCAGCUGAGGACAGGCAGAGAUGGCGAGGACUGGAUGACCUCUCGGGAGGUUACGGGAGAGGUGAGGUGAGAAUCGGUGGAUGUUUGCAGGAUUAGCGGCCACAGGUUCAUAAUGGCUCAGGUGCUGCACAUGGAGCCCAGCUUCCCAGGGAAGCUGAACCCUUCCACCCCCCCUUCCCUUCACGGCAAGGAGCAGGAGGCACCUUACUCGGUAGAGACCCCCUACGGCUAUCGUCUGGACCUGGACUUCCUCAAAUAUGUCAAUGACAUAGAGAAGGGGAACACCAUCAAGAAGGUGUCGGUCCAACGCCGGCCCCGCUAUGGCUCACUGCCCCGCGGCUAUGGCUACACCGGCUCCUGGUGGACCUCCACAGAGUCCCUGUGCUCCAACACCAGCAUAGACAGCCGCCACUCCUCCCUGUCCUACUGUGCCCCGGGCUUCCAUACCUCCCACAGGCCUGGCUUCAGCACUGCCCGUGUGGAGAAGACCCUGCUGGAUGCCCGCAGGAAGCUGGAGGAGGAAAAAGAGGGCCGGAGGUUCUCCAACCUGGGCAGAAUGCACAGCAGUGUGGCUGGCUCAAACACCUCCAUCAGCAGUGCCCACAGCUUCAACAGGGCACAGGGCGGCGGAGGCUCCUUCACUCCCAUGAGUUCAGGCCUGUCAACCCCCGUGUCACCCACCCCAGCCCACCUGCAACAUGUUAGGGAGCAGAUGGCGGUCGCCCUCAGGAAGAUCAAGGAGCUGGAGGAGCAGGUGAAGACCAUCCCUGUCCUCCAGGUGAAGAUCUCUGUGCUGCAGGAGGAAAAACGGCAACUCAGCGUUCAGCUGAAAAGCCAAAAGUUCCUGGGCCACACGCUGGGCUUCAACAGGGGCCGCCCAAGGGGCGAGCUCUACAUCGACAUCCCCGAGGAGGAGGUGAGCACCGGCGCUAAGGGCAGCAGCAAACUGGCGGGGCCAUUGUCGCCAUCCACUCCAGAUGGCUCCAAGCAAGACUCGGGGUGUGAGAUCGAGGACACGGUGAUCGUGGGCGGUGCGCGGCCCGGUGCAAAGAGGGAGGUGCGCACCAUUGGGGUGGGUCCAGAGGAGACAGGAGACAGUCAUCGGGAGGUGGCGGUUGGGGUUCAGGAACAGGAUUUGGGACUCCUGCCAGAAAAGGAGACUCUGAGGAGCCGAGUGGGACAACUGGAGGGCCAGCUGAAGAAGAGCCUGCAGGAGCUGCAGGCUGCUCAGCAGCAGGUAGAAGCAGCGCGGACUGAACGACAGGCUCCGACUCCUCAGGUGGAGCGCCCCUUCAUGGCUGCCAGCGUGGGCUGGCUGGAGCCACUGGGCCGCAGUCUACAGACGCUGGUCAGCUUCCCCCAGCAGCCACAGCAGAAAGAGCAGAGAACUGUGGGCAUUCAGGUGUACACGCUGGAGCAGCCCACUGUGAUGGAGGUGGGAACACUCCUCCGGGCUGAGAGCUGCAGCGCCCCCUGCCCUCCACCAGCAGGAACAGUCCUGGAGGGCCAACCCAGAGGACUCGCUGAAGGCAUUGCUUCAGAAGAUGCUCCAGUUGAGCUGCCGAUUGCCAUCAGCUCCAAGCAGGUACGAGAUGUCUUAAAGAGCGAAGUUUCCACUUCGGUACCUGUGGUUAUUCCCGCCAUCGCCAUGAGGACGUCUGGUCAUCAGAUGAGCUCGCUGAACCUGAAAGAAGGCGAGACGGACCGGCCGACCGCCACAGAAGCUGUCCAGUCUCCAGAGGAUUUAUCAAAGACAGACUCGUCCUCUCCCCAGGCUUCUCUGAGGUCCAUUAUGAAGCGCAAAGCAGAAGGCGAACCAGGAUCCCCCUCCACCAAGAAAAACCUUCAGUUCAUUGGAGUCAACGGGGGAUACGAGUCCACAUCAUCAGAGGACAGCAGCAGCGAGAGCUCGGAGGAGAGUGACUCCAGUGAAUAUCAUGAAGCCAGAGAAAAACUGCCAGACUCCACAGUCCAACACCAGCAGAAAGCAGCCAGCACAAGCCAGACCUCCCAGCACCAAGACCACCUCGCCUCCCAGCCGACCGCACUCAACCUACCAGCCAACAUUCCAGACACUCAGCAGGAUUCCAGCCACUCGGCCACUGCCGACGCGGGACUACCACACGAAGCCAGCCAAUCACCAGCCUCCAACCCCACCCCCUCCUUGCUCUCUCCAGCAAGUGACCCCGCCCCUAAAGAGACUAUUGAGCAAUCAUCAGAAGAAAACAAAGUCCACCAGCAGAGUAUCCCUCAGCCUUGUAGCACUGAAUACCCUAUACCCUCAGUAACCAGCUCCACACCGCCGUGUGCCACUCAAACCGAAACCACUGACCAAACCCAGCAGCAAUGCCCCGUCCAAUCAGAAACAACUAACCCUGCCCCGCCUCACACCGCCAGCCAAUCAGACUCAGAACAAAUCUCCCAGCAGAGGAUAAUCCAGUCAUCAUCCUCUGUGCCAGCAGCUGAAAGCAGCAACCAGAAUGACACCGUGCCAGCCAAACAAGAACUCAAACUGGAACUGAGUGACAACCUCAUGGCAGCUCUGCAUGACCUGCAGACUGCUCUGGGAGAACCCAAUGCCUUCAGCCAGCAGGGGGCGAGGACCGCCUACACCACGGUGCUGCAGGAGUGGCUUCGCGUGUCUUGCCACAAGGCAUCCAGCACAGCGGUGGUCAAGGCCUACAUGGACGCCUUCGCCGCCAUCUCCCCUCAGCUGCUGGAGUUCGUCAUCAACAUGGCCGACGGGAACGGGAACACGGCGCUGCACUACACCGUCUCCCACUCCAACUUCCCCGUGGUCAAACUGCUGCUGGACACUGGCCUGUGUAACGCCGACAAGCAGAACAAGGCCGGCUACACAGCCAUCAUGCUGACGGCGCUGGCGGCCUUCCACUCGGACAGCGACCUCCAUACCGUCUUGCAGCUGCUCCGCACCGGAGACGUCAACGCCAAGGCCAGCCAGGCUGGACAGACGGCGCUAAUGCUGGCGGUUAGCCACGGCCGGGGCGACAUGGUGCGCGCGCUGCUGUCCUGCGGGGCGCAGGUCAACAUCCGUGACGACGACGGUUCCACCGCCCUCAUGUGCGCCUGCGAGCACGGACACGUGGACAUCGUACGCCAGCUGCUGUCGGUGCCUGGCUGUGAUGCAACCCUCACAGACAACGAUGGUAGUACUGCUCUGUCGAUCGCCCUGGAGGCCAGUCAGAAUGACAUCGCUGUUCUACUCUACGCACACCUCAACUUUGCUAAGCCGCCUUCCCCCGUUUCUCCAAAGUCUCCCCUGCUGGGCUCCUCUCCUCCUGCUGGUGAAACCAAGUGAACCACACUGACUCCACCUCCUCAGUCCACUCAUAUUUCACCAGGGUUUUCACUUUUGUAAUACAAAGAUGUUUGUGUGUGUGUGUGUGUGUGUUUCCUGUAAUUUACACGCAGUACACGUAGACACACUGCUAGCACUCAGCACAAUCCUGUUUCACUGUUGUCCUGUUUCAUGUGGUCUCAGAUUUGGUGAUUGAUGCGUCUGCAGUUUGGUACAAGACAGAAGAAUACACACAUCUACAGAGGUUGUAUGGAAAUGACCUCGCUCAGGCAAUAAUCCAGUUUUCAGCCACACAGUCUCGAGUGGCACUUACCAACCUAAUAUGCUGACGACAGUGCAUUAAAUAGUUAAUUACUAUAAGCUUUACGGUUUUCUAUAUGGACCUUUUACUGGUUUAUGUUAAAAGUUAUAUAUUUUCAUUGUGAUGUAUUCACUUGUUUUGACACAGAGAAGUUAUUUGUCACCAUGGGAGUCAUUUAAAGGAGGAACAUAAGCCACUCGUUUCACGGAGAAGUGUCCUUGGAUCAGUCGCGUCAGUCCACUGAUAGGUGCUGCAGUAAAUUUGGAUACGAAACCCAUUUUCUUUUCCAGUAUUUCAGGAUUUAUACGCAAGAUUUAUUUACUCUGGAAUAUUUUUGAUAAGUGUGUUUUUAUUAUAAUUGACAGACAGCGUUUCCAGGUGAAUAAUUUUAACUUCCUGGGCAAAGUUUUGAACUUUACCCCACCUUUCCGAACCAGCGGACGCUGUAAGCGUCUCUUCUGCGGAGGUUCUCGGACGCCGUCGUGUCACGUGUCACCUGCGUUUCCUCAGAAAAGCCCAAAGAACGCCACUCUGGCACACGGUGGCAGCGGCAGGUGGGUGUUCGAGCAACACAGACAUGGUGGCGGUAGAGUUACCUGGUAAGCUUACUCUGUGGAAGAUACGGUACAACACUCUGUGUAUUUUUUCGUACGUGAAGGUUUUUGGCAGUUUGAGCGACCCGCGUCAGUGUUUGCCAGACUAAAGUAAACGUGUUGAAAGAAACUGAAGUCAUCCGUUUGGUGGUAAUCCUUAUGAGAGCUCAAUGGCAAACAGCAAGUGACUGGGCUUGAGUCUCUGAAUGACGCCGUGUAAGAUAAGAAUAUCAAAAUAAUAUAUGUCAUGAUGCUAAAUUAGGAGUGAUGCAUAGAGUCGACUUCCUUUUUAAAAUGUGUUAUUGAUGUCAGAAUUUCUAAUAACUUUUAAAAGAUUUUCUCCCACACUUUUUAUAGUAUCAUUUUUGAGCAACUGAAUUUUUUUUAUAAUCUUUUACAGUUUUUUUUUUAUUUAACUGUCCCUCUCUUUUUAUAUAUGUAAUUUUAUAUUGUUUGUUCACAGCUAGGUUAUGUAACCACACAGGUAUUUUGUUCAUGUUUUAUUGAGCUUUAUGUAAAUUCCUAGAUUAUGUUUCUACUAUUUUGAUUUGUGCAUUUGGAUGAAAAUAAAUACAACUAGACCACAGCGUUCUCCUGAAUUCUGUUUGCUUGGUUGUAAACGGUGAUUCAAACACGUCCCGAUGUCCUCAAACCGACAUCUGAGAUGCUGAC